CCAUUAUCAAAAGGAGGUGUCCAUCACUUGGUUGCCACGGAGAUGACCAAUAGCAUGCCUGUGAGUAGGAGUUUCUCUCUGCCUGUGAAUGCAGCACUGACCUGUCUGGUAGAAGAAGCAGAGAGAGCAGGAAUGCUGAUCUUGUGCAGGGACGUGAAGGAUUGAUGCUGGAACUGGGAUACAGGGAGAUGUGCUUGAAUUCAUUUACCUGUUGUGCCGAAGAGACAGAAACCACAUUACAUAACACAGGAUUACAAUAUACAACAUUCAGCCAGAAACACUUGGUUGCAUUCUUGGUGCUGACAUCGUAAAUGUUUUCUUUGACUGACUUUGUAGACACUUCAAAAUGUCAGAAUGUAAAGGCGAUUCUUCAGGUGCCACAAAGGAAGACACAGAAAGAGGAAAUCUAACUUCAUCUGUGGACUUGAUGGGGAAAACAGAUGGAAGUACAAAAGCUUCCAAAGGAUAUUCUGGAAUGGUGUUUCUUAGAAAAGGUAAAGAAAAAAAGAAUGGCCACAAUCUAUCUAAAGACCUUAAAGCGCAUGAAAAGAAGUCCGUUAAUAGUUCGGUCACCAAAAAGUGUGAAGGUCUAUGUUUUGAGGAAGCUUCCAAUGAGUUUACUUGUAGCUCUUCCAUUACAGAAUCCUAUCAACUGAAUACCAAUAAAGAAGCAAGGUACUGCUUCAGAAAACUUGAUGAUGGAACAUAUGCUAUGGAGAAGAUAGAGGAAUCAAAUCCCGAGUCAAUACCUAGAAAGAGAUCCACAAAGAAGUGUCAACAGAAAGGACGUUAUUCACACAAGCCAUUAAAAAUCUGUUUUAAAAAAAGAAGCAAGGCCCUUAGAAAGGCUUCAGACUCAAACGAUGAUUAUAAAUCAGAAAAUAAAAAAAUGAAUUAUGCAAACCAAGAUGAAGGACAAGCUUCAGUAUCAGAAAUUCAAAAUAAAUCUACACAACAUGGAAAAACAUGGGCAACAUUGAAAAGGUUGGUAACUCAUAAAAAGAAACAUCAUUCAUCUCUAAAACAGCAGCCCCAAAUGAACCAUGAAACAAACUCAAACAAUUCUUGUAUUCAAAGUGUUUCUAAAAAGAAAAGAUUCUCCAACCUAAGGAUCUCCUGUUUGAACUUCUCCAGAGGAAAGAAGCAUGCAACUAGCAGCAUGUCGCCACAAGAUGCACUGUGUGCAGUCGAAUCUCAAGAAUCUGAGAGUAGAUCUGAAUGUAACAGAAGUGAUAAAACCCUUGCAAUGAAAUAUAAACUUCAAAGAUCUUUAGAUGCUGAAAAUGGAAAAACUGAUAGCAAUAUUGAUCAGUGCAUGUAUAUUCCUACUGAUGAAUUCCAGUCUUUACCAAAACUCAAGAGGGUUAUGAAUCAUCUGACACAAGGAACAAAUAAAAGAAAUUUGCAUAAAUCACUUAGAAAAUCAAAUGCGGAAAGUGUCAGGAGCCCUUCUCUGGAUGUAAGGGAAGCCCCUUGUUUGUUAGCCAGCGACAAGGACGGAAUUAAAUCGAAUAAUACAAGGUUACAUCGGUCACCUGUUAGAGAACAAGAUUUACUUUGCUGCACAAUAAAAUGCUCUGAAAAUACAGCGAAACCUGAGGCCAAUGACCUUAAAUCGUUCCACAGUUAUGUUCCUCAACACCUGGGAGCAACUCGAGAGAGUGGCAACAUGCAUGAAGGUUACAGGAAUAAUCUCAAAGACUGUGAAGUAUCAUCAGAGGAGGAUGCCAUAAGCAGAUCUCUGUUAAUAUCAGAUCCAUAUGAGACACUUUUAAUUGCAACAGCUGCUACCCUUGUGAAAAAAGUACUCCAGGCCUCCAUCCAGCAGCUGGUUGAUGAAGGGCCACUGUUUCAAUAAACUCCAGGCAAGAAUUAAAAACGAGAGCUCUUAUGAACAACACAUGGAUGAUUUCCUUAAAGGGAAAUGUGUCAUGGGAAAACAUAUUUUUUCAAAACACAUCAGUUAAU